AUGUGUCCUGGUGUGAGCGAGGCCCCAGAGCUCUACAGCCGGGGCUUCCUGACCAUAGAGCAGAUCGCCCUGCUCCCGCCCCCUGCCGUCAUGAACUACAUCUUCCUGCUGCUCUGCCUGUGCGGCCUGGUGGGCAACGGGCUGGUCCUGUGGUUCUUCGGCUUUUCCAUCAAGAGGACUCCCUUCUCCAUCUACUUCCUGCACCUGGCGGGCGCAGACGGCACCUACCUCUUCAGCAAGGCCGUGUUCUCGCUCCUCAACACGGGGGGCUUCCUGGGCCCCUUCGCUGACUACAUCCGCGGCGUCUCCCGGAUCCUGGGGCUCUGCACGUUCCUGGCCAGCGUGAGCCUCCUGCCGGCCGUCAGCACCGAGCGCUGCCUGUCCGUCAUCUUCCCCGCCUGGUACUGGCGCCGGCGGCCCAAGCGCCUCUCGGCCGUGGUGUGCGCCCUGCUCUGGCUGCUGUCCAUCCUGGCCACGGCCAUCCACAGCUACUUCUGCGUGUUCCUGGGCCGGGAGGUCUCCGGGAGGGCCUGCAGACACACGGACAUCUCCCUGGGCGUGCUCCUCUUCCUCCUGUUCUGCCCGCUCAUGGUGCUCCCCUGCCUGGCCCUCAUCCUGCACGUGGAGUGCUGGGCACGGCGGCGCCAGCGCUCCGCCAAGCUCAAUCACGUGGUCCUGGCCCUGGUGUCCAUCUUCCUGGUGUCUUCCAUCUACCUGGGGAUAGACUGGUUCCUCUUCUGGGUGUUCCACAUCCCUGCGCCCUUCCCCGAGUACGUCACCGACCUGUGCAUCUGCAUCAACAGCAGCGCCAAGCCCGUCGUCUACUUCCUGGCCGGGAGGGACAAGUCUCAGCGCCUGUGGGAGCCCCUCCGGGUGGUCUUCCAGCGGGCCCUGCGGGACGGGGCGGAGCCAGGGGAGGCCGCGGGCAGCACCCCCAACACUGUCACCAUGGAGAUGCAGUGUCCCUCCGGGAAUGCCUCCUGAGAGGCCAGCACCUGGGGCCCGGCCAGGCCGGGGAGCUGGCCCCGGGGCCCCCACGGACGCCUUGCCAAGGGAGAAGCAGCCCUCCUGCCCGG